AUGGCUAGUGAUAUCAAAGCUUGUUCCGAGCCAAUUGCCAUCAUAGGAAGCGCUUGUCGAUUCCCUGGCGAUGCUAUUUCGCCCUCUAAGCUUUGGGAACUACUGAAAGAACCUCGGGAUGUAUUGCAAGAGAUACCGGACAGCCGAUUCAAUCCUCAUGCUUUUUACCACCCAGAUGGCAGCCAUCAUGGUACAACAAAUGUUCGCCAUUCCUAUCUUUUGUCAGACGACCAUCGGCUAUUUGAUGCCCAGUUCUUUGGGACCAAGCCGGUUGAAGCGAACUCCAUCGACCCCCAGCAGCGAUUGCUGUUAGAAAUCGUCUACGAGAGCCUGGAAUCUGCUGGCAUUCCGAUGGAGCAUCUGCAAGGUUCCAAUACUGGUAUCUUCGUUGGCUUAAUGACCAACGACUAUGCGGAUCUUCUGGGUAGAGACAUUCAAAACUUUCCUACAUACUUCGCAUCAGGAACGGCACGAAGUAUUCUAUCCAAUCGCGUGUCAUAUUUCUUUGAUUGGCACGGACCAUCUAUGACAAUUGAUACGGCUUGCUCUUCCAGCCUUGUCGCUCUCCACCAAGCGGUUCAGAGCUUGCGCAAUGGUGAAUCACUUGUGGCAAUUGCAGCAGGAACAAAUCUUUUGCUGGGUCCUGAACAAUAUAUUGCCGAGAGCAAGUUGAAAAUGCUGUCUCCUUCUGGUCGUUCGCGGAUGUGGGAUAAGGAUGCGGAUGGAUACGCCCGCGGUGACGGGAUAGCUGCUGCAAUUCUGAAACCCCUUAGUGCCGCGCUGGCUGAUGGCGAUCACAUUGAGUGCAUAGUGCGAGAGACUGGCAUAAAUCAAGAUGGACGCACUAAAGGGAUUACAAUGCCCAAUCCGGCAGCUCAGGUUGAUCUCAUUAGAGCAACCUACACUAGAGCAGGACUUGACCUAUCCAAAUCCCGCGACCGGCCGCAAUAUUUUGAAGCCCAUGGAACUGGAACACCCGCCGGUGACCCAGUUGAGGCGGAAGCUAUAAGUAGAGCCUUCUUUGGAUCGAGCGUUGGCUACUCUAGGGACACGGCAGAAGAGUCACCGCUAUUUGUUGGGUCAAUAAAGACAAUAAUUGGGCAUACUGAAGGCACAGCUGGCCUUGCAGCUGUCUUGAAAGUCUCUCUUUCACUGCAGCAUGCAGUCAUACCACCGAAUCUCCUUCUCAAUGAGCUCAAUCCCGACAUAAAACCAUUCUAUGACAACCUUCAGAUUGCAAGCACGGCGAAAGAUUGGCCAGAGCUUUCAUCUGGCACGCCUCGGCGAGCAAGUGUGAAUAGCUUUGGAUUCGGUGGCGCUAAUGCCCACGCAAUCCUUGAGAGUUUCGAUCAGGAUUCCAAUAAGUCUCGCGGUUUUUCGCCGUUACUUACGCCGUUCAAUUUCUCUGCGAACUCAGAAACUUCUCUUCUGGCGUCUCUCCAAGCUUAUUCGGCAUAUCUGAAAGAGCAAAGUGACCUCAAUCUGCUUGAUCUAUCAUGGACUUUGAACUGCCGCCGGUCUACUUUGCCAGUGAGAUAUUCAGUAUCUGCAUCGACCUCGGAAGACCUGAUAACAAAGUUGGUCGAGGCCGUUCAAACGCCAUCGGAUAUUCUUCAAUCCAGUAAAACAUCCAAUAUAAAACAUCCAAAGCUUCUUGGAAUAUUCACUGGACAGGGCGCUCAAUGGGCCCGAAUGGGGGCGGAGUUGGUGACUAGCUCAUCCUUGGCUGUUGAUUGCAUUGAUAGCUUGGAUUUAGCACUACAAUCACUUCCUAGAGAGGAUCGUCCUUCCUGGUCACUGAAGAAUGAAAUUCUGAAGGAUGGAUCAUCCUCCCGUAUUGGAGAGGCUUUAUUCUCACAAUCACUCAGCACUGCUGUACAGAUUAUGCUGGUGACUUUACUCAAUGCAGCUGGCGUUUAUUUCGUCGCUGUCGUUGGCCAUUCAUCCGGUGAAAUCGCCGCGGCAUUCGCUGCAGGUUAUCUUUCGGCUGCUGAUGCUAUGAAAAUUGCGUAUUAUCGGGGGUUGUCUCUGCAAUAUUCUCGUACCAAUGUUGGUACCCGAGGAGCGAUGAUGGCUGUUGGUACAUCUUUGGAGGAUGCUCAAGAAUUGUGUGAUAUGCCGUCUCUCAAAGGAAGGAUAUGCGUUGCCGCUUGCAAUUCUUCUACCAGUGUUACACUGUCUGGUGAUGCCGAUGCAAUUGACGAGGCUAAAUUGAUAUUUGAAGACGAGAAAAAGUUUUGUCGAUUACUGAAAGUCGACAAAGCAUACCAUUCGCACCACAUGAUAUCCUGUGCAGCUCCAUACAUCGCAGCUAUGCAGAAGUGUUGUAUCACCAUACAAAAAAGACAAAACUCACGGACUGCGUGGAUUUCCUCCGUCUACAGCAAAAAUAUCGAUGAUAUCAAUGAUAGCCUGACCGAUACUUACUGGAGUAACAAUAUGGUCAACCCCGUUCUGUUUUCUCAAGCCGUCAGCUUUGCCCUUGGUGCAGCAGGCCCAUUUCACAUGGCCCUUGAAGUCGGGCCGCAUCCAGCUCUCAAAGGCCCUGCAUUGCAAAUCAUCCAAGACGUCUCUGGCGAUAUCUUGCCAUAUUCUGGAACGUUAGCCCGUGGUAAAAAUGAUAGAGAGGCAUUUGCGUCGUCUCUUGGCGCCUUAUGGGCUUCAUUGGGCGAUCAUUUAGUCGACUUUUCGAAGUUUACAACCAGAGUGACAAAUGACGAACAACAUCCAAGGCUUCUGAAGGGGAUUCCAUCUUACUCCUGGGAUCAUGAUCGCGUAUAUUGGCACGAGUCUCGCAUGUCGACCGUUUUGCGCAGUGGGCGGGAUAAAUUUCAUCAUCUUCUUGGCACAAAAUGUCCCGACAGUUCUCAAAAUGAGCUGCGUUGGCGUAAUUAUCUUCACUCGCGUGAAAUUCCAUGGCUCAGACAUCAUCAAGUCCAGGGCCAGAUAGUCUUUCCUGCGGCAGCCUAUAUUUCAAGUGCAACUCAGCUGCUUAUUGAGCAGUAUGGAUUGAGUUCUAUCCAGUUGAUUGAUUUCCAAGACCUCGUCAUUGGACAAGCAUUGGUCCUUGAAGAGAAUUUCGGAGUAGAGGUUAUAUUUAGCCUCACAAUUACGGAAACUCAGAGUAAUCUUGUAAGGGCAACUUUUAACUGUCAUUCUAAUGCUAACAAGGGAACAACAUCGAUGUCUCUCCAUGCAUCUGCGCAAGUUUCGAUUAUUUUUGGGAACUGCAACCAUGACUCACUCCCGCCACGAAUUGGCAGUCAAGAUCCAUUUCUGCAACUCGAUGAGGAGCGCUUCUAUAGCUCCGUAUCAGAGCUUGGCUUUGGCUACUCGGGUCCAUUUAGAGCGCUUUCUGGUCUCAGCAGAAAGAUGGACGAGGCUACCGGAAUGAUUGCUGUGCCUACUGAACAGGACACCGCUACCGACCCAUUGAUAAUUCAUCCUGCCACUUUAGAUGGCGCCAUCCAGUCCAUUAUGCUAGCCUAUUGUUUUCCACAGGAUGGUCGCCUACGAAGUCUCUAUCUACCAACAAAGAUUGACCGAAUUCGUAUCAAUCCUUCGAGCUGUAAAUCGUUAGCAGGACCGGGAACAUUCUUGCCCUUCUAUUCCUCUGUGGCAGAUGUUAAAUUUGCAGAACUUUCUGGUGAUGUUGACAUUUAUUCUUCAGAUGGUCGUUUUACUGUAGUUCAGUUACAGGGACUACAUACUACACCUCUGGUACCGCUCACCUCUGCCACAGACAUUCCGUUGUUUACCGAAAUGACUUGGGGCCCGGGAGAGCCCACUGGUCGUGAUGCAGAUAGUUCAGACCUUUCUUGGCUUACAGAGAAAUGUGAAGCUUCAAUUGACCUUGAACGCAUAGCAUAUUUCUAUCUGAAGAGCUUGCACUCUUCGAUCCCCUUUGCUGACCGAGAAAGGCUUAAUUGGCAUCAUCGUCACUUACUGUCCUACGCCCUUCACUGUGUCUCUCUUGUUGAAUCAGGAACCCAUCAAUUUGCACUAACCCAGUGGCAAAGCGACACAAAGUCUGAAAUACUGCGGAUCUUCGACAGGAACUCUGGAGAUGUUGACUUCCAAGCUCUGCGUCUAGUGGGCGAGAGUCUCCCGGAUAUCGUCCGCGGGGAGGUUAAUAUUCUGGAUAUCUUGAUGAAGAAUGAUAUGUUGAGUCAAUUCUAUUCAGAGACAAUCGGGAUGCAGUCCUAUCUACAUGAGAUGGCCCGAAUGGCUGGUCAAAUCAGCAAUCGUUAUCCGCAUAUCAAUGUGCUCGAGAUAGGGGCUGGUGCUGGUGAGGCGACAGAAUUUCUCAUUCGGGAGAUGGAUACUGCCUUUGCCUCGUAUACAUAUACGGAUUUUGUCGAGAAUUGGUUUGACUCUGCUCGGGAUAAGUUUAACAAAUAUGAAUCACGAAUGGCUUUCAGACAAUUGGAUAUCGAAAACGAUAUUCGUGAGCAAGGGUACGGAGAGGAGUCUUAUGACUUGGUCAUUGCCUCCCUUGCCCUCUAUGCAACAAAGAAUUUGGAGGCUACCUUGAGCAAUGUUCGUCGACUUGUUAAGCCUGGAGGCUAUUUACUCGUUCUGGAGUUGACAAAUCCCAAUGUGAUGCGGUUUGGAGUAAUUCUCGGAGGUCUCCCGGCUUGGUGGUUAGGCCAUCGAGAAGGUCGAAUGUUGUCACCGUGUGUCUCGGUUGACCGAUGGGAACAAUUGAUGGAAACAUCGGGAUUUUCGGGCGUCGAUGCACUAAUACCCCACCAUCCAGGGUUACCCAUUCCUUUCUCGGUUAUGUUGACCCAGGCAGUCGACCAUCGGAUCAGCUUCCUGCGAAAUCCCUUCGGUAUGGACCAGAAAGAACUAGAUGUUGAAUCACUGACCAUCCUUGGCGGCAAGACAGCCCUGACUUCAACAUUGGUUGCACAGAUUAAAGAGAUGGUUGGUCGUAAUUAUAAAACUAUCAAAUCUUAUAAGUGUCUUGCCGAUGUUGUCGUUGAAGAACUCCCUGUAAUGGGGACAGUUCUGAGCCUGGCUGAACUUGAUGAGCCGACCCUAAUGACGAUGACUUCUAAGACACUCAGAGCAUUUCAAGAAUUGUUCAAAAAGAGCAAGAACAUUCUAUGGGUGGGAUAUGGUGCCCAAGGAGAUAAUCCAUCUGGCAAUAUGUUCAUAGGUGUCCAACGUACCAUCGUCACUGAAAUGCGACAUCUCCGGGUUCAAUUCCUCGACUUUGAUUCACUAAUGGAGACCAAUUGCGAGACAAUCUCCAGAAGGCUGCUACACCUUGAUGUUACCGAUAAAUGGGAACAAAGUGGUCAGCUGGCUGAAAUUUUGUGGUACACCGAGCCCGAAAUCUCGAUGAAAAACGGACAGUCCUUCAUUCCUAGGCUCCGGCUCAGUUCCCAGCGAAACACUAGGUACAAUUCCUCAAAACGAUUAAUUGUCAAAAGGAUAAAUCGCAGUCGGAGCACGGCAUCUAUCUCCCGAUCAGAUAGUUACCAAGUUCUAGAGGUCGAAAAUCCAAAAUCGCUACUUUUAUCUGGUAGAACUGAGAUUCAGGUCGCCCACUCCCUUCUGCGGUCCAUCAUGGUCACUGAAACGGAUCAUUUGUUUCUCAUCGCCGGAAAGAAACCCUGCAGUAAAUCCUACGUGGUUGGUUUUGCGGAAUCUCUGGACUCGCGGCAACAUGUUCCGCCCUCAUGGGUGGUAGAUGUUGGAACUUCAGAAGCUGAGGCUAUCCGAUCGAUGAUCAGUAUUUACACCCACUUCUUGGCCGAAUCACUUGUGAAAAAUGUGCUCCCUGGAAAAAUUUUAGCAAUCUUAGAUCCUGAGUUCUCACUUUCCGCAGUUUUGACACAGUACGCGAAUCAAAGAGGGGUACAAUUGGUAUUUUUCACGACAAAGGACAGCUCUUGUUCAUCACCGUGGAUUCAUGUUCACCGUCAUUCAACACGCCGUGAAUUGUUAAAUAAGAUUCCUCCCAAUAUUGCUCGGCUGUUCAAUGUCGGCGGAGAUGAUGAAAUUUUGGCUCUACUCACUGAGCUGCUACCAGCUGACUGCCAAGUGGAUAAUGAGCAAUAUUUAACGAGAGAAGCCUCCCAAUUGUCCUCUCGGACUGAUAUUGGCCAAGUAGAGUCUCGAUUACAGGCUGCUUGGACAGCUGCGCAUAGCAAUCACUCACCAAUUAAUGUCCGACGACUCCCUACGUUAGGUUUGCAAGACUUGAUAGAAAGUCACCAAAAGCUCGUUCCACAGUCAGUCAUCUCGUGGGGCCAGUCGACUCUACCGGUUCAAGUCACUCCAGCCAGCAGACUCGUGAAGUUCGCAAAAAAUAAAACCUAUUGGCUUGUCGGUCUUACCGGAGGACUUGGUCUUUCCCUCUGUCAAUGGAUGGCACGCCAAGGUGCAAGGUAUAUUGCUCUCUCAAGUCGAAAUCCCAAGGUUGAUGAGAGCUGGAUACGACAAAUGGCUUGUGUUGGAUGCACCAUACGGAUCUUCGCAAACGUGCUCACCAAGAUAAGCGACAUCGCUGAUCGUGGCUCUGUUCACGCCACUCACCGUCAAAUUGUUGAGGAAAUGCCGCCAAUAGGAGGUGUUGCACAAGGAGCUAUGGUGUUGCAAGAUACCAUGUUUCUUGAUCUGGAUCUUCCAAGACUGAAAAACGUACUACAGCCCAAAGUUCAAGGUAGCAUUUUGCUAGAUGAAAUUUUUUCAGAUAACUCAUUGGACUUUAUGAUAUUCUUCUCGUCAAUGGCGGCUUUGACAGGUAAUCCAGGGCAAGCUGCUUACAAUGCUGCAAAUAUGUUCAUGACCAGUCUAGCAGCACGCCGGCGAAGUCGCGGCCUUCCUGGGUAUGCUAUCAAUAUUGGCGCUAUCGUGGGUAAUGGUUACGUGACACGUGAAUUGAACAUGGGUCAGCAGUCAUAUUUGUACAAGGUUGGCCAUUCUUGGAUGUCUGAACAGGAUUUCCACGAGGUCUUUGCGGAAGGAGUCCUUUCAUGUUUGGAACUGUCAAGUGGUGCGGAUCUCUGCAGUGGCCUCCGAAUUGAUGAUGAUGAUUCGAAGGAUUGGAUAUCCAAUCCGAUAUUUCAACAUUUGGUUUUCAAAUCUGCCACAUUGAUUGGAACUGAGAAAAAGAGCAAAGCAGGCGUCGCGAUCAAGUCCCAGCUGUUAGAUGCUACGUCUCAGGGUCAGGUGAUGACUAUCUUGCAAGAUUGCUUCACGGUCAAACUUCGUUCGGCAUUACAAUCAGACCCAAAUAAGGAUGUUCUCGAAAUGAGCCCGGAUGAGCUCGGUGUUGACUCCUUAGUAGCUGUCGACCUUCGUUCAUGGUUUUUAAAGGAGCUCGGCGUGGACAUUCCGGUGCUUAAAAUCUUCAAUGCAACAUCAGUACGCGAUCUUCUAGAGUUUGUUGCCAGUUCUCUCCCGGCAUCACUAGUUCCAAACUAUAAGGAUUGUGUGAAGGCGGAGCCUGAGGUUACUGACAUCCAGUCAGCCAUUCAAUCAGCAUUUGCCAGCCCACUAACAUCCACUCUCGAGACUUUACCACCUGUUGUGGCUGUAGAAGAGAAAGGAACUCUUAAAACGUUCCAUCUUGAUUACCUUCCGUCAUCCAUUGAGAAUGGAAGCGGCAGCUCAUCGACUUCGGUCAAAGCGGGAGACUCUAGCUCAGACCAAAACGAAGAGAGCUCCUCGCUCACCUCCCUUGAAGAUGACCUUGAUGUCAUUGAAAAGCGUGCGAUACAAAGAACUGCACCUAUGUCAUUUGGACAGUCUCGCUUUUGGGUCCUGAAGCUUUUUGUCCAAGAUCAAACUGCCUUCAAUGUUACUCCCACUUUUGAACUGAAAGGAAAACUGCGUGUCGGGGACUUUGCGCGAGCCGUCCAGGUUGUCGGUGAGCGUCAUGAAGCCUUAAGGACUUUCUUUUUUAUCGAUGACGACAAUCGGCCAAAGCAAGGUGUAUGGAAAUCAUCCUCAUUGCACCUCGAGCAUACCAAGGUGACCCACAAAAAUCAAGUUGAUAUUGCAUUCCAACAGAUGAGAUCACAUGUUUUUAAUAUCUCUGAUGGUGAGAUAAUGCGUGUUCAUCUUCUGUCAAUGACACCAGACCAGCACUGGAUAAUAUUUGGCUUUCAUCAUAUCAAUAUGGACGGUGUUAGCUUUGAGAUAUUUUGGUCAGAGCUCGAAGUUGCAUAUCAAGGGCACGCCUUCUUGCCCGAUACAUUACAAUAUCCUGACUUCACAAUCAGACAACUACAAGAUUAUGAGCAGGGCACAUGGGCAGCGGAUGUCACAUAUUGGCAAAAUCAGUUUCCGAUCCUUCCUUCUCCGCUUCCACUCUGCUCAUUUUCUUUGCAAAAGGCACGCCCUAGUGUUCCUAGUUACUCCUCCCACCGUGCCCAACUAAGACUUGAGCCUGGAUUUUCGAGCGAUAUCGAGAAAUGUUGUCGCAUGUUCAAAGUGACCCCAUUUCAUUUCCACCUAGCAGUGUGGCAAAUUUUCCUCCAGCGGCAGCUGGCUUUAAGUAACAUCUGCAUCGGCGUUGCAGACAGCAAUCGGACAGACGCAGACAUCCUCCACAGUCUUGGCAUGUUUUUGAAUCUUCUUCCUAUUCAAUUCUCAAUGAAUGAUUCACAUACGUUUGGGGAAGCUCUUAAGGACACACGAACCACUUCCCAACAGGCCUUCGUACACUCGAGGGUUCCAUUCGACGUGAUGCUGUCCAAACUGAAUGUCCCGCGUUCUGCCUCAUAUAACCCUAUAUUCCAGGCCUUCUAUAAUUAUCGCUCAAGGGUUGAGGAGUCACGAGAAUUUUGCGGAUGCGAAGCAAAGGGAUCGCUCUUAACUACUGGCGAAACGUCUUAUGACUUCCACCUGGAUGUUGUGAAUUUCAGCAGUGGAGAAUCCCUAAUCCACCUCCUUGUCCAAAAGAAUCUCUAUACAUUGGAUCAUGCGGAGAUUCUUCUUCAAAGUUACUAUAAUCUUCUUCGAGAAUUCACACGGAAUCCUGCUACCAAAAUUUCUUGGCCUCCGUUGUUCUCAGAAAACGAUAUUGAGCGAGGAUUGAGUCUUGGAAGAGGGCCAGAAUUGAAAAAUCCCUGGCCGCCGACUUUGGUACACCGCGUGGAUGAUAUUGUGCAAGCAUACCCUGACCGGAUAGCCCUCAAAGAGGCAUGUGGUGCUAAGCUCACUUAUUCAGAGUUCCAGCACCGAACUUCUGUGAUUGCAAAUGCACUCCAGGCUCAUGGUGUAGAUCUAAGAGCUCCCAUCGGAGUAUUUCAGUCUCCAAGCACAGAUUGGAUAUGUUCAUUAAUGGCUAUUUGGCGCCUGGGAGGAGUUUAUUUACCUUUAGACAGAAAAGUCGGACUGGGUCGGCUAGCGGCCAUUACUUCAGAAUCACAACCCGUCGUGAUUUUAGCUGAUCAUACAACACUAUCCGAUUUUCCACAUCUCAAAACACCCGCAACCCCGAUCAAUGUGAAUGACCUUGGCAUCAUGGCUGGACAUCCUGUCCCUCCCAUUCGAGCAUCAGGCGCUCAGACAGCGGUUUUUAUCUAUACUAGUGGCUCCACUGGGACUCCGAAGGGAAUUUCAAUUUCUCAUUCGUCCUAUCUUCAACAAAUACACUCGUCCAGUCAUGCCUGGAGCUUCCAAGUGGGAAAGGAAACGGUGCUCCAUCAAUCUUCCUAUGCCUGGGACAUGUCAAUGUAUCAGAUUUUGAUGUCCCUCUGUAAUGGCGGGACUUUAGUGAUUGCCACGCAGAAUGUUAGAGGAGAUUCUCUUGCCUUGACAGACCUCAUCGUGCAAGAAAAGGUGACAACAUUAUUCGCCACUCCAUCCGAAUAUCUCGCAUGGUUUCGACACGGUCGCCAUUCUUUACAACACUGUUACGUGACCACGGCAGUUUCAGGUGGAGAAAGAUUCCCGAAUGCCCUCAUCAGAGACUUUCAAUCUCUUGCGAAAUCCGAUCUGAGAUUGUUUAAUGCUUAUGGUCCCGCAGAAGUGACAAUUGCUUCCAGUUCGGCCCAGAUUCCAUACAUGCAAAUUGAUUUGAACUCAGAUUGUACGCCUCUCCGACUCUAUACUCUUCCCAAUUACUCCGUUUACAUUGUUGAUGAGAAAAUGAGCCCUGUCGCCCUUGGUGUGCCCGGUGAGGUAGUUAUUGGGGGAGCCGGUGUUGCGCAAGGCUAUCUCAUUGAUGAUAAAGGGAAAGAACGGUUCCUCCUUGAUCAACAUGCCAGCUCAUUCUUCAGGGCUCAAGGAUGGACUACUAUUCAUCCCACGGGUGACAAAGGAUACCUAGGACAAGACGGUGGUUUGGUUCUCUUGGGCCGCAUUGAGGGCGAUAAUCAGAUCAAAGUGGGAGGGAUUCGUAUCAACUUAGAAGAGAUUGAGUCGGUAAUCGUUGAUUAUUCGGGAGGUGCUAUCUCUCAGACUAUUGUCUCUGCUCGAUUUACCUCUGAAGAGCAAGAAACUGAGCCAUUCCUCGUGGCAUUCGCUGUCAUAGCCGAUACGCACAUUCACGAGAACGUGACCCAAUAUCUUCAAGGCCUUGCACGAAAUCUCCCAGUGCCCCAAUAUAUGCGCCCGUCAGUUAUCAUAGCAGUGGACUCAAUUCCUCAGAACGUCUCAGGAAAGGCUGACCGUCGGGCUAUCAAUAACAUCCCCAUCUCACCUAUCACGAUCGAGAUGACGGAUGAUCAGAGCCUGGCUCCUCUUGAAGAAACCCUGCUUCGACUUUGGAGAGAGGCCAUUCCAAAAGAACUUGUUUUGCUCCACUCAAUUUAUUUUGAUUCGGACUUUUUCCACGUCGGCGGAAGCUCAAUCUCCUUGGCUAAUUUGCAAUCAUUGAUCAAUAGUCGACUGGGCAUAUCUAUUCCCCUGUACGAACUGUUUGAAGCAAGUACCUUGCGAGAAAUGGCCCACCGUAUCCAGAAUCUGUCUUCCACGCACUCUGCAGUCUCAGUUGACUGGGGCCAAGAGCUUGAGUCCAUGCUUGCACGGCUUCCAGUGACGUCAAGAAUUGAAGGGUAUAUUGCAUCUUCCAAACCAAGGGUGGUAGUGCUUACGGGUGCAACUGGCUUCAUUGGAAAGGAAAUAUUGCAACAGCUGGUAGAGGAUGACAGGAUCAAUAUUGUGUAUUGCAUUGCGGUCAGGAAGCCUCUCGCUCAACUGCCCACCAUUUUCGCCAAUUCAAAGGUGCACGUAUUUCACGGAAAUUUGGGGUCUCCUCAAUUAGGACUAUCAGAGGCCGAUGUCGCUUCGAUCUUUUCCCACGUUGACUGCAUCAUCCAUAAUGGGGCUGAUGUUUCUUUCAUGAAAAGCUACCAGUCUCUCAAGUUGAUCAAUGUUGCUUCUACUGAGGAGCUUGUGAGGCUCGCCUUGCCGCGGAAUAUUCCGUUUCACUUCAUCUCAUCUGCCAGCGUUACCCGCUUGGCGGCCCAGACCAGCUUUGGAGAAAAGUCUCUGGCCUCCUAUGAACCACCCGCUGUCCCUAAAGAUGGCUAUACUACGGCAAAGUGGGUCUGCGAGGUUUACCUGGAGCGCACCAGCCAGCUAUUCGGGCUCCCAGUAUGCCUUCACCGACCAUCUAGUGUGACAGGAAUCGAUGCCCCUGAGCUUGACCUGAUGAGUAAUGUUGUCAAGUAUUGUCAAAAGAUUAAGAAAGUUCCAGACUCGGCAUCAUGGUCCGGUGUACUUGAUUUUAUUUCCGUGAAAUCUGCUGCCGCGCAGAUUAUCGAAUCAUUGUAUUGGCAAGACAGUGCCCUGUCGGCUCCACAGCUUAUUCGAUACCAAUAUGAAUCUGGAGAAAUACAGGUGGGGCAAAAGGAAGUCCGAUCGGUGAUGGAAUCCGGCACAGGGGAACUGUUUGAAACAGUUCCGGUGAACAGCUGGAUUGAGGAUGCUGAAGCCGCAGGCAUGAAUAGUCUGCUCGUGGUGUAUUUGCGCCAAGUAUCGGACGGGGAAAUCCUGUUGCCACGAUUGAUAAAGGACAAGAGGUCAAACAAGACCAUGGGCUGA